AUGGUUUUCGGAAAAUCAUGUCAUCUUCCGGCGCAAUUAGAACACCAAGCAUAUUGGGAGAAGUUAAAUCUCGACCUCGAACUGGCAGGUAGGAAGCGAGUGGAUCAACUACAUGAACUUGAGGAGUUUAGGCUCCAUGCGCAUGAGAAUGCCAAGCUCUACAAAGAAAAGACGAAAAUGUGGCAUGACAAGCAUAUAGUUCCUCACACUUUCACUCUGGGAGAAAAGGUACUACUUUUUAACUCAAGACUAAGGUUAUUCCUCGAAAAACUAAGGUCGAAAUGGAGUGGUUCCUUCGAAGUGGCAAGGAUGACACAACAUGGUGUCGUUGAACUUAAAGUUGAAAAUGGCCUGACCUUCUUAGUAAAUGGGCAAAGAGUUAAACACUACUUUGGUGAAGAUUCAGAUUGUAAUUGGGAGGCUCUUGAGUUGAAUGAUGAAUGA